UAUUUUAUAUUUUAAGUAGGUACUAGGGAUGGAUGUGUCUGCUAUGGCACAAGGAUGCUAUAUUUUGAUAACUUUACUUUUACUUGCAUUAUCUGAAAUCCAAUGUAAAGCAAAAAACUUGCGAUGGAAUCAAAAACGAGCAUUUCACAAAUGUUUAGAACAAACUGUCGAUAAAGAGUGCAAACCUUACACUUACUUAGAGUCGGUAUCGGGAGAUGAUCGUAAGAUGUGGAAUAAGCUGUCCGAGAACUUCCAGCCAUUGAACCAGAAAUGGAGUAAAAAAUGGAGGAAUUCCUUACAUACACAGUAUACCAGGAAUAGGAAAUUCUACAGAAAGUUUUGGAAGAGCUUUGCAUGCCUUUGGAGAAGCGCUCAAAGAUGUGGUUCAAAAACAAAAACUUACGGUGUCAGAUUAUUUCGCAAAAACUUUGACUGCCUUUGGGAGAGUGGGAGGGUGUGUGGAGUUGAUGGCAAAAACUACAGAAGCGCAUGUCAUGCUGCGAGACUCGGAGUAAACAUACAGUACCGAGGUAAAUGUUCCUCCAAAUGGAUGCUUGACGAAAGAGUUCCUCUUUGUUACGACUUACCCUGCCUAUGUAAAUUCACGAGAGAACCCGAUGCAUGUUGUUUCAAACAUGUAAGGAGGAAGGAAUGUGAAGAGGUACUUUCGAAGUGGGAGGCGCUGUGUAAUGGGACUGCCGUUUGUGGGUGUGACUAUUGUGACGAGGGGUAUUCCCCGGUCUGCUCACGGACCGGAAAAACGUUCCACAACCUCUGUAAACUCGGAUGUGUAGAUGAUGAGGAGUUUGCCUGCAAUGGUACCUGCCCGUGUUCCCCUACCCCUGGCCCACCUGUGUGUGGAUCUGAUGGGGUGACAUACCCUUCCCCUGAAGAGGCCCUUAAAGGGAAAGUUGCUAUUUCAUGCGAUGGACCUUGUCCUUGUUCAACGGAUUGUGUCUGCAACGAUACAUCUGACCCAGUUUGUGGUGAAGAUGACGUCACUUAUGAUAAUGCCUGCAAAGCCAUUUGCUCAGAUGUAAGCAUCGCUUGCAAUAAAUCUUGUCCCUGUCCGAAGACCUCAUGUCAGUGUGAUGACGUUGAUGAACCAGUAUGCGGAAGUGACGCCAAAACUUAUCUUAACAGUUGCGAAGCAAUAUGUGCGGGGGUCGAGAUCGCCUGUCAAACUUGUUGUCCAUGCCCAGAGAUUGCCCCCACCUGUACGUUCUGUGACUACAAUUACAAAUUUGUGUGCGGCAAAGACAACACCACGUACGCUAACGAAUGCUGCGCAUCUUGCGCUGGAAUUGAGGUUACACAAAAUGCCCCAUGUCGCUGUCAAACGUGAAUCUCGGAGAAAUGGAUUAAUUUUCAUCUCAUCUUAUCUUUCCAUUAUUUUUAUCCAGAGUUGGGUAGAGAGUUCUGCAUCUAUAUCAUUUUUAACGUCUUAAUUUUAAAGAAUGAAAAUAAAAUAUUUUGAUUUGACAUGUAUAUAGUCUUUAUUUCGGUACUUUUGAUCAUUUUAGUCUGAUAAAACAUAGUAUAUAUUAUUAUAGCAUAUGUAUUAAAAAGGUUACAAAAAUAGUGUGUCAUAACAAUAGUGGAAAAGUUUCAGAAGAUUAAUGUACUACAUGUAGUAUAACAGUAGAACAUUUCUGAAUGUAAAUAUAUCGGUGAAAUCCCUCGCCCAGCAGUGGCUAACAUUUUCACGAUUGUAUACAGUUUUGCAUACAACUGCAAAAAAAAGUUACGAGAAACAAUAAUAAACAUGAGCCCCCCCCCCC